AUGAAGCACCAAGAAAAACCACCAGAGGAAAAUCUAACUAAAUUGAUAGAAUUUGUUCUCUUGGACUUUGCUGAUGUUCCCCAUCUUCAGUGGUUUCUAUCUGGAUUAUUCUUAACCCUCUACAUCAUGAUAAUGAUUGGCAAUGGCACUGUAUUUAUAAUAACGAAACUAGACCCUGCUCUCCAGACCCCCAUGUACUUUUUCAUUGGCAAUUUUGCCUUUUUGGAAAUCUGCUCUGUGUUGGCUAUACUUCCCAGAAUGCUUACGAACCUUUGGACCCAGAGAAGAACAAUAUCUUUAGUGGCCUGUGUUGCACAAAUGUGUUUCUUCCUUGUCCUGGGAGUCACUGAGUGUUUCCUUCUGGCCGUGAUGGCCUAUGACCAGUAUAUGGCCGUUUGUCACCCUCUGCACUAUCCCCUAGUUAUGAACUACAAGCUCUGCAUCCAGCUGGUGGCUGGCUCCUGGAUCAAUGGCAUUCCAGUCCAAAUAGGGCAGACAUUCCAGAUUUUCUCUUCCUUUUGUAGUUCUAACGUCAUCAACCACUUCUUCUAUGACAUCCCCCGAAUACUCACGUUGGCCUGUGGGAACACCGUUGUAAAUGAAAUGCUAGUCUACGUAGUUACUGUGCUGUUCAUCGCCAUUCCUUUUCUGUUGAUACUUGUCUCCCAUGGCAAAAUCAUCUCUACCAUUUUUAAAUUGCCAGCAGCCACAAGUCAGACCAAAGCCUUCUCCACCUGCUCCUCUCAUCUUAUAGUUGUGGCGCUGUUGUUUGGAUCAGCCAUUAUCACAUAUUUAAGACCCAAGACCCAAGACUCAGCAGGAACCGACAAAGUGCUUUCUUUUUCCUACACUAUCAUGACUCCCUUAUUUAACCCCAUUAUAUACAGUUUUAGAAACAAGGGUGUCAUAAUGGCACUGAAGAAACUGCUCUGUAAAUAA